UGUGUGUGUGUGUGUUGUGCGGGACCACGACGUGACGCGGUAGUGGGACUGGCUUUCCUCCGCUCUGCCUGCAUUCAUAAACGGAUAUGAUAAACCAGCGCUGAAUGCACCGGAGCCGCGACGACAGUCAGCCCUGACCAUGGCGGAAGAGGACGACGCUAGGGUUCGGAUUUUACAGAGCCUGCGGGGGAAAAUAUGUGAAGCCAAGAACCUGGGUCCGGUCUCGGGUCCAAAUCGACAAAGGGACCUGUGUACGUUUUGCACCAUCAGUCUGGAUCAGGAGGAGGUGUUUCGCACCAGGGUGUUCGACAAAAGCGUCACCCCGUUCUACGGAGAAGAUUUCUACUUCGAGAUCCCACGCCCGUUUCAGUGUUUAUCCUUCUACGUUUAUGCCAAGAGCGUUUUUCAAAGGGAUUUACCUGUCGGCAAAGUAUCGAUCCGGAAGGACGACCUGUGUAAAUACAAUGGGAAGGAGGACUGGUUCGGCCUUCAGACGGUAGAUCCUAACUCAGAAGUCCAGGGUAAAGUCCACCUGGAGAUGCGAUUGAAUGAAGUGAUCACGGAGAACGGCUCCAUAGGGCAACAUUUACUUGUCCGAAUAAUAGAGUGCAAGGAGCUGCCUUUAAUCAGCGGGCAGAACUGUGACCCCUAUGCCACCGUGUCACUGGUCGGACCCGCCAGGUCUGAUCAGAAGAAAACAAAGGUGAAGAAGAAAACCAGCAACCCUCAUUUUGAUGAGACCUUCUUCUUUGAGGUCACACGGUCCAGCAGCUACUCGAAAAAGUCUCAUUUCCAAGUGGAGGAGGAAGACAUUGAAAAGCUUGAGAUCAAAGUCGAUUUGUGGAACAAUGAGAAUCUGGCUCAGGAUGUGUUUCUGGGAGAGACACGGGUCUCUGUCAAGAUCCUGCGAAACGACCACAUCCACAAAGCCUGGUAUCUGCUCCAGCCUAAAGGGAACGGCAGCAAGUCCAAGUCUGACGAUUUGGGAUCUCUGCGUCUGAAGCUGACCUACAUAGAAGACACGGUGCUGCCAUCUGCCUGCUACACACCGCUCUGCAACCUGCUGCUCAAAUCCCCGGAUGUGAAACCUAUCUCAGCGUCGGCGGCGCACAUCUUGGGGGACAUUUGCAGAGAGCGAUACGAGGCUGUUCUGCCUUUGGCUCGACUGCUGCUUCACCACAAUCGCUUUGUGCCUUUCGUCUCUGCGGUGGCAGCGUUGGAGCUGGACAACACUCAGGAGGCUAACACUAUAUUCCGUGGCAACUCGCUGGCAACGCGCUGCAUUGACGAUAUGAUGAAGAUUGUGGGAAAAAAUUACCUAGCCGUUACCCUGAAGCCUGUCAUAGAUGAGAUUUGUGAAUCCAACAAAACCUGUGAGAUAGACCCUGUUAAACUUAAAGAAGGUGACAAUGUGGAGGUCAACAAGGAAAAUCUUCAGGUUUAUGUGCAGAAAGUUUUCUCCUCCAUCACUCAGUCCAGUUCCAGCUGCCCCCCACUCAUGUGUGACGUAUUCAGGUCUCUCAGACACUUGGCCUGCAAACGCUUCCCAGGUGACCCACAUGUUCAGUACUCGGCUGUCAGCAGCUUCGUGUUCCUGCGCUUCUUCGCUGUGGCUGUUCUUUCUCCGCACUCUUUCCAGCUCCGCCCCCAUCAUCCUGAUCCUGAGAUUUCACGCACGCUCACCCUCAUCUCUAAAACUAUCCAGACGCUGGGCAGCUGGGGCAGUUUGUCAAAGAAACUGUCCAGUUUCAAAGAAACCUACAUGUACGACUUCUUCAAAUCAUUCCAAGAAGACAAGUGUAUUGAAAAAGUUAAAAAGUUUCUCGAUGAGAUCUCCUCCAAUGUCAGCAAGGAGUCCAGUGGACUGGAGGAUGCCGUGGUUCUGAAGGAGGGGGAAGUACAGAAACGUGCUCAGGGCAGGAAGCGUCUCGGCAAGAAGAACUUUAAGAAGAGAUGGCUGCGGGUGACCAACAGGGAGCUGUCCUACCACAAACACAAAGGGAAAGAGGCCCUCUGCACCAUCAGUGUCAAAAACAUCCAGGCUGUGGAGAAACUGGAUGAAAGUGCCUUCAACCGCAAAAAUAUGUUUCAGGUGGUGCACUCGGAGAAGCCUCUCUACGUCCAGGCAGGAAACUGUGUGGAGGCCAGCGAGUGGCUGGACGUCCUGGGGCAGGUCAGCCGCUGCAACGAGGGCCGUCUGACCACUUUCCACCCGUCCAAUUACACCGCCGGAGCCUGGCAGUGCUGCAAAAACCAAAACAGCAACUCUCCGGGCUGUAAGCCCUGCACAACCACCGUGAUGGACAACCUGCAGCUGGACAUCGACUGUGACCGAGAGACUGAGAGGAUUUUCUCUCUCCUCUCCUCCAACGACACCAAGCUCCAGAACAUGGAGGAUGCGUGUGCCACCAUGGUGGUGUACCAGGGCCCUCAGCGGGAGCAGGAGGAAUACUCCAAGUUCACCAUUCAGGAACCCAAAGAGACCUUUCAGACGCUCCAGCAGCUCCGGAACAUCAUGAGAGAGCUGCAGAAUCAGCACCUCAUCAGGAACGACACCACAGCGCAGUACGGCAGCCUUGACAACCCCAUAGUGGGAAAAACCUCCUAACCUGUUCAGACAGGUGUGGCCCACGAACAGCCAUACCAGUGGAUGUAAGCUACACCACAGCAGGCCAAAAGGGUUCUAACAGACCCCUCCCCCACCCCGAUCUCCAGACGCCAUGAGUCCACUACAGCCGUGACACCGGGAACCAGAACAAGCUCCUGAACUUUUCCAGGAUUUUCCAGGAACGUUCGAAGCUUUCGGUGUUGUCUGGUUUUGUUUGUGUUACUCGGCAGUCGCGAUGCCUCCCCCCCCCCGCCCCCGCCCCGCCCCGCCCCCGCACAUCGCAGAUCCCUUAACAAGAGACUUUUUUUCUCUGUCUUAAUUUAAAUCCACUUUUACGUCUCCAGCUGUGUGAAAUAAGGCAUCAUUAGAUGGUGUGUGAAUAGGCUGCUAAUUUUUUUGUAUUCACCCAGUUUUAUAGCGACAGCUGUGAUGAUGCCCCCCCCCCCCCCCCCCCCCCCCCCCCGUGUCUUUAGAGCUGAUUUAACAAUCAUCCUUCUGGAGAACCAUUCUCCCUCUUUGCCCCAAUCCACUUUUAAUCUUUUAGUGUCCUUCUUCUGAACAAAUGUGUACAUAACUUUGAGUCGACGAAACCGAUCUGCCUUACUUUGACAGAUGUUUUCUUUCACAUGAAAUGCUGAGGGAGUCCUACAGAAGCACUUUAAUAUAUUUGGAGCUCUCCAAAUGGAAACGAUUCGAUACGUGGUAUCAGCUUCCCCCAAUUUUGAUCAGUUUCAUGAUCUCGAGUACAUUUUUGUUUCAUUUCUGUACAAUAACAUUUAUAGCCUGUAGAUUUUAAGAUAUUUUUCUCGACCAAAGACAAUUUCGUAGGUUUGAACUUGGACUUGAAAAAACGUUAAUGUAUUUUGAAUACAAAUGGUUUAAAAAUGGAAACAAAUGAGAUAAAUAUAUCUAUAUAUGUUGUAUGUUUGGUUGUGUACAUUUUUGAUAACAUAUCCUUUCACUUUCUCGUGACUUAAGGCAAGCAGUCUGCAUGCAUCAAGUUUUGAAUCCUGAAAGCUCGACUGUGGUGACGAGUUGUUUUCCCCUGUGAUUGUGAAUUGUUUUGGUCCGGUGUGCGUCAGAUAUGUGUCGUCGAGGUAGGGGCCCGGCAAAGUGACAAAUAGGGGCUUGUGUGUGUGUGUGUGAGAGAGAGAGAGAGAGAGAGGAGAAUUCGCACGCAGAGAGAACUCAGAAACACAAAAACAACCAUUUUAAUCGUCCCAACAAUCACAACAAGCAAACCCAUCAAGACGUUUCUUUUCCACACCAGCAGCUGUCAUCAUGGGGCUAUUAUAGGAGCAAGGAGCAGUGUGUGUAUGUGUGUGUGUGUGUGUGUGUGUGUGUGUGUCAAUUUGAGUAUUUAUCUAGAUACUUGUAUGUGUGCAAUCAUAUUUGUGGUUGUAAUGACCUGUGAUCUGUGCACGCUUAGAUCUGUUUGUUAAUGAGAAAAGGGGAAAAUCUGCGUUUGCACAAAAAGCUCAUAACAGACACGUAUAGACUCAACUCUCCUCAUGCAGGCUCAAAUCAUUUUGACGCCAUAUCAGUCUGUGCAGCUCACAGUAAGAACUUACAGCACUCCAUGCUUCAGAGCAAUGUCUUUAAAUCUGAAAUAUUAGGAGGAAGAGGAAAUGCGCCGUCACUCUCUUUCGAUCCUUGAGUUUUCACCAGCCUUUGAUUCUUCUGUCUGAUUAAUGAAUCACUUUUGCUCUGAAGAGAAUUACGAACAAUCAAUCUGAGUCUCCUCUCCUCCCCAAAUGUUUCCUUCACUCAGCUGAACAAUGAAUUUGUGGAAACAGUUGAAAAAAGAAACUUGAAUUUACUUAGAUAACAAAAGAUGAACAUCUAAUGCGAUGAUACAGGGUUAACUGUUUUUUUUGUUUUGUUUUUUUGCUUCUGUCUAUCAUAUAUUUCUACCAUGCAUGUCUUCUAUAUUUAACAAUAUAUUUUUCUAGAAAUAAUGUAUCUUUUUUUUAAUGUGUCGUUUUGUUGGUACGCUUCCUGCUUCCUUUUGGUCUGCAAUGCUGCUUUUUGUCCACAUACAUUCUCAGAUUUCAACAUGGAUCUAAAUUUGAAACCAUAAUUUAUUCUUCUAUUUAAGCUUGUGUGUCACUCAAUGUUUAACGUCAAAGUUUUAAUGAGGCCAGUGAACAGGAAGUCGAGGACACAUGAAAAAAAAAAAAAAUUAGGAUAGUUUAAAUAUUGUUUUGUCACUCAUAACUUAUGGAAAAUAAAAAAGGAAUUUUACUUUCUGAAGAUUAUUUCGAGAUAUAUUUUUAGUUUUUAAGACUUAAAAGCUACAUUUGUUAACAAAAAAAGGCACUUAAGUACAGUUAAUGAAUCUAAAAUACGCUCAGUUUGACAGUCUGUUUUCUUGAGAGGCAGCUGAUUUUCGCCCGGCUGCUCCCGUGUGUCGGCGUUCAGUGAGGGAAUGUGUCUCCCUGCUCAGCCAGCGUGAGAUUGUAAUACAUGCACAGAUACAAUUUCAUAUCCAGACGAGACCAAAUCAAAAGGGAAAAUGUUCCUGUUUGCCUUGAACAGAUGAGUAAAAGUGAAUGACGCGUGGAGCCAGUGUGCACACCCGAUGUUUUCUGUGUAAAUGAGGGGAAAAGCAUUCAGGCACCUGUAACCCUGUUAUAUCAACUUCUCUUAAACCAGGACAUGAAACGUUAAAAUAAUGUUUUCUAUUGUCUCGAAGUUGAAAAGUGAGUGCAGAGAAAUGAUGUGAAGGUUUUGGAGUGUGUCUGUGUGUUCACUUGCUGUGCGGAGAGUCGUCUCAUCACUUCUGAAUGUCUCCACACGUCUUUUUUUAUUUUUAUACACAUCACACAGCUUAUUUUUUUAUACAUGGUCUCUUCUGUUUGUUCACAAUAAACUCUUUGCCAAUGUUUCCCCUG